UUCACGCGUGGUAACGCGUAUCGUACCGCGUCCUGCCGCUAGACGCCGCAGGGAAAGGCAGACGUGAGGACCCAUGAGCCCGGUGACCUCCUAUCGAACCACUGCUAGCUACCACGUCGACAUCUGGAUGGAUGCACAUUUCCGUCGUUCCUUCAAUUGCCAGUCGGGAUCUGAUCGGUGUCACUCUCGGUAGUCGUUGUCGGGAGACAGCGUUAUUGCUAGCUAGCGCAUCGGGAGGCUAGUUGGUAGCUAGUAGCUUCAAUGUUAGCAGUUAUAUCAGGCUAGCGUUAGCCCGUUAGCAGCCGCUUUUUCCGACCGUGUUGGCCUCAUAAACAUGCGGAUCAUCGAGGCGCAGAGCCCCGGCACAUCUUUACCUUCAACCGCCACCUGCAGGACACACGUUUGGACCGGACGUUGGCUGGACUCUGCAUAGUUUCCAUAGGGAAAGCGCCACAGAUCGCCUGCUGAAGAUACGCCGCUGUGUGGGACCUCGGGGCAACAUGUUGAGCAUCUUGGCCGCUGGCUCAGUAUUCUUCCCCGGUCUCUUCCUGCUGUCUAAACAAUGCCUCAAAUACAUCCCUGGCCUUCGCUGGAGCGAAGGGGACGCCGUGAUCGUCUCUGCCAGGCUGGUGUCCUCUGUGCAGGCCCUCAUGGCCUCCUCCGCCGGAUACAUCAUCGCUUCCUCCUGCGACGACAUCAUCGAGGACGGGCACUGGUUGACCUGCAGCUACAUCCUGUUCGCCGUGCCCUACUUUGUGUACGACAUCUACGCCAUGUUCAUGUGCUACUGGUACAAGCUGAGGGUGAAGGGUCACGAGGAGGCAGCGGCCGCGCCCAAACACGUGGGCUCCGCACUCCUCAGCUACCUCCGCCGGGAGUUCCUCAUGGUCCUGCAUCACGUCGUCAUGGUCACUGUCUGCUUCCCUGUCUCCGUGUUCUUGCGGCGCGGCAAGGGAGAUUACUUCCAGGGCGUGAUGUUUAUGGCUGAGCUCAGCACACCCUCCGUCUGUCUGGGGAAGAUCCUUAUCCAGUACAAACAGCAACACACUCUGCUGCACAAAGUGAAUGGGGCUCUAAUGCUGGUCACUUUUUUCGUCUUUCGAGUGCUUCUCUUCCCAUAUAUCUACUACGCCUAUGGCAGGUACGCCUCCAUCCCCUUCCACCUGGUCCCGCUGAGGGUGUCCUGGCAGUGUAACCUAGGCGCCGCCCUGCUCAUGGCGCCCCAGCUCUACUGGUUCAGCCUCAUCUGCCGGGGGGCCUUCCGCCUCUUCACCCGCUCCUCCCGCCGGCCGCCCGCCCCGUCCCCGUGCCCCGCCAACGGGUACAGCGUGCGCCCCGCGGAGCCGGAGUCCAGCGCCCACUGAGG